AUGACCGGAAAGGAAGCAAUGACUUCAACGGAGCAAUUGCUAAAAUGCAUAUUCAUCUCUUUUUGUACCGUAUCUGAAUUUCAGUCUCGUCUAGACGGUUCACAAUUCAAAUUCAGAAGAUUCCUUUUAGAAAAAAUUUCCCCCAAUCUACUUAGCGAACAGCAGUUUUACCGAUGCUGCGGGCAAGUAAGCCGUUUCCUUCAUUAUAUUCUUGAUCCGACAAAAGCGGUGCUUCGAGGAAUAUCACAAAGUUCUGCAGCCUUUGGAAUCGAAUGUUCAUCCUCUAGAAUAACACUUAUCGGGCGGGUAGUGGCAUUCUCGUCGUACUUUAUAAAUUUGCUAUGCUUCUUUGUAUUUGAUAGAGUGCUUAUAUCUCCUGUUAAUUUUUUAAGGCUUCUUCUAUCGUUUCAGCUUGUUGGAAUUGCUGUAUAG